AUGACAGGGUCUCUCGCUGCGAAGAAGAGGAAGUCACAGGAAAGUCGGCAUAAGAGAGACGAUUUCCUCAAUCAGAUGACCAACUUUCUCGAAGGCAUCGAGAGCAAGACGACGGCGGAUGUGAUUCCUCCUGAACCGCCGGUCUCCCUGGCACGUGCCGAGAGCUAUACAUCAACAGCGUUCCCUCCUGCGGCCACUGAGAGUGUGUCCGGCAAGCAAGUCUUGUGGGCUAAUGCUGUGCAAGACCGAAGAGCGUCUUCAGGAGCUGCCAGCGCAAGUUCCUCGCUGAUGCAGGAAGACCUCUUUGAGGACCCUUUCGUGCGAAAAGAGCUUCCCCCGGAAACGGCCAAGGCACACGGAGGGCUGCGGUCAGCGAUGAUUAGUGCGGAGAAUACCGUAUCUCAUCCUCGAGGCAGCUUGUUCGACGACGAUGACGUUGGCUUGGCGGAUACUGGUCCGGAGGAGGAAGAAGACGAGGUUCAGAGUGGGCGCCACGGAAGCGUACUCACGUCGGAUCCAGUGGACUCUCCGCUCCAGCGCGUGACGUCGAGCCCUCUCCCCUUUUCGGCACCAACCCAUGAUACGCGAGCCUCGCUAGCUCAGGGCCGCUCGAGGAGCAAGUCCAAGCCAUCUAGGGGGUUGGACCUGGAAGAAGUGCGCAGGCGCACCUCUCUCCUAUCGGGCGGGUCACGAGCACCCCCCCCUUCCGUCCCCGCCCCGGCACGCCCGGCCGCAGCCUCUCCCCGCCCCCCCCCCGCUGCUUCGUCGUAUUUCGAUGGCGGCUGGGGGCCACAACAACCCGCAGCACCGUCUGGUGAGGUGCCCCCACACCCUCUACAUGCUGCACCAUCGGACCCUCUCUUCUCUGGAGGAAAUUACUUCAACGAAGACCUCCUACGGGCGCGAGGGGAGCGCAGCUCGAGGACGGGGUUGGACGAAGGGCACACGAGUGGCCGCGGGGUGGGGCGGGGAGGCUGGGCAAGCGGUGACGCCUUGAAGGACUCGGCCGGGAGUUUUCUCAACACAGCCAGGGAUGGUGCAAAAACGCUUUUGCAGGAUGCCAAAGCCGGGGUGGACGCGGUUGGUGCUAGCUGGCAGAGUUCCCGCGAUGAAAACGGGCAGCAGAGAGUUGCUGGCAGACCACCACGAGGAUCGCGGCAGGAAGAAGUCGAGGGCGAGAGAGAGUUUGAGGUCACGUUUGGAGAGGGGCGGUUUGGAUUCACUCUGUUUCGGGAAGAUGCUGGUCCAAAGAAAGGACAAGGCGUGGUGUGCAAGGUACACACGGGGAGCACGGCUCAUUCGCUCGGGGUCAGCGAGGGUGAUACGGUGACUGGCGUCAACAAACAGCGGUACGAGACCUACGACGACGUUAUGGCAGUACUUCCAAAGCUUCCACGGCCUGUUCUAAUAACGUUUUCGCGUGGAGGAACCGGGUACUCCGCCGAAGGGCGUAGUAUGGCUGCCAGACGAGCAUCAACAAUUUCCGAGGAUGUGCAGGGUGGAGGAAACCCGCUGGAAUGGCUUGCCAAGCUCAACCCGUUCGACAAGGGAAGGCGUGACGAAGAGGAUGAGCUGCGAGCCUCAGGGAAAAGUCAAGUGGACAGCAAGGUAUUGGCUUCGCGAGAGCACGGACCCACGGGGGAAGUUUUCGCUAGAGGGGUGCGAGGAGGUGUGUUUUCGUGGUCGUACUACGGGACGUCUGACGGCAUCGAAUCCAACACGAGGGACGCGUACACGGAGCACGUCAUGAGAUGUCAAUGGGGGAAAUCAGUACACACAAUGCACGAGAUGUCGUGGAUGGUUGCACGGAGGUACCGAGAAUUUGACGCGUUGGACCUUGACCUCCGUGACGCGUACCCCGACCGGAAAGAUGCCCUCCCAAGGCUUCCCCCCAAGGAGUUUUUCAAGAUGGCACCAGACGUGGUUGAACGCCGAGCGAAGGGACUGGAGUUGUACAUGACCACGCUUAUCCGAAGGUUUCCGGAUAUGCUUGCGUCGUCCCAUCUUGACAGAUUCCUGACGAUUUCGGAGCGCCUCUCGACCCUGCAGACUCCGGCGGCAGUUGGAAGUAGCAGCCCAAGGUUAUCGUAUAGAAAUCUUGGUGCGAAUGGAUCGUCCUCCAACGUUUUUCCUGCCCACAGCCCGGAAUCGAGGUCCUCAUCCCUGGUGGGGACAGACUACAUCCUAAAUCUCAUGUCUUCCGAGGAGGCUUGGAGAUUGUCGCAGGCAAGACGUUCCAGCCCCGUGGAUGUGGCUUUCGCAGAAGAUCUUGUGCACGAGCUCGAGGACCACAUUUCGAGAAUCCCCCCAGACGCACACCUUCUGUCGGACGAGAAACUUUACGGUCUGGUCGCGCGCUGUCAGAAGGCUUGGCCGGGGUUGAAAAGUGCAGCUGCGGCGGCAUCUGGCGCGUCGUCACCGACGCUCUUGCCGCGAAUCGUGCAGUGCGACGAGGGCAUGGAAUGUGCUUUCGGAAACCUAAGGGCUCUUUUGACCAGCCGCGGUUACAUCGGAUGAUAGGUGCCGAUAUAAGUUGCAGUAGGUGACGUCGUUGAAGGCGCGCUUGGUUCAUGGAUUCUAGAAGAUAAGCCUAGAAGGAAAGAGCCACAAAGGACAUGUAUUCAUUCAUGUCUCUGCAGGCAAAGUUUGUUUGAAGCGAGUUGCCCCAAAAUCUCUGCUGGUGGAACACAAGGUUGUGUACAAAACGCUACGCCCAUCCAACAUACUGCAGACAUCGUCUCCAGGGGCAAUAAGUCGUAUAUCGUGGCCUUUUCAAGCGCCUGGUUGUUGGAUUCUAGAAGACGAGCCUAGGGAAGAGACACAAGACAUUCAUUCGCUCAUGUCUCUCUGCAGGCGGAGGUU